AGAAGAAGAAAUAAGAAGUAAACAAAAGGAUUGUAGUUCUCCUUCAGGAUUAUUUUCACUUAUUGCAAACAAACUUUAACUUAACUAAACUUUACAAUGCGAACAAAACAAAACAGCACCUCAGAGUCCCAGAGGAUUAAGGAGGAGGUUGCAAAUCAGGAGCGAAUCACACAGAUUGAGGAGUUUAUUAACGAAGUCCUCAAGGAAGAUCUCCGGCAGCUGGAAAAGUGCAUAGGUCAGUUCAACGAAGAGAUCAUGGAAUACGUGCAGCUAAAGAACACGCUUCAGACAUUCGAAACACAUAUGCCGGAGGGCUAUAAGACACAAGUGAACAUCGGCAGCAAUAUAUUCAUUCAGGCACGUGUCCGAAAGAUGGAUAGCCUCCUUGUCAACGUGGGCAAGGAUGUGUACCUGGAAAUGUCCAUUCCAGAGGCAGAACGCUUCAGUGACACACGUGUCAAAAUCCUGACCAAGCAAUCCGACGUCCUCCGCGAAGAGAGCAUCAAGAAGAGGACCCAAAUCAAAAUGGCUCUGAUAGCAAUUAGUGAAAGAUCUAAACUAAUAGGAGGAACUGAAUCUACGGAUUGAAGUUAUAUUACUAUUAAAAAAGUGAUGUUUUCUUUUAGAACCUUUUCUAGUUACCUAUAUACACUGAAUAAAUAGAUGCCUAAAAGCUUAAAAGCUUUCUAAAACAAAAAUGAAAAACUAUACUAUAAAAUUGUAAAAUAAUGAUAAAAUGUCUUCUAGAUCAUUUGACAUUUCUUACCAAUCAUUUCAUGUAUGCAGGCUUCCAACCAUUCCUAUUCCGUAAUACAUUAUGGCACAACUACA